AUGACGCGACAGGUGGCGUUGCUGGUCAAGAUGAAUUAUGUGAUUGGUCAUUGUAGCGCACCAUCAUCACCAGCACCACCAUCACCACCAUCACCACCGCCACCAUCACCAUCACCACAAUCAUCCAGCCAAGCACCACCAGCACCACCAGCCACCACACAAGCACCAGCACUCACCACAGGAGCACCACACACCACACCAGCACCGACAGCACCACUACAGCCACACCAGCAGCCAGCACCACCCGAGCACCUACCACACCGCUACCACCACAAACGAGCAGCAGGCCCCACCAACCACCACCAGCCACAAGCACCACCAAGGACACCAAACAAACACACCCUCUCACAAUAA